UAAAACUCAUCAUUUUCCCCUUCCCUUCCUUUCUCUUCCCUCCCCUUCAUCACCCUCCCCUUAUUUUCCCUCCCACUUAGUUGUCCAAACAAAUCCUUCAUCUACUUCGUAAUUAAAAAAGCACAAAUAGAUGCCAGUAAUUAAUUAAACCCAUGAGAAUUAAAUUUCUAAACUAAAACACUGUGAUAAUCAAAUGAACUACAAUUAAAGCAAACAACCAUAUGAUUACCCAUUGGUUUAAAAUUUAACAAAAAUUUUCGAAUCGCUUAUUUCCUCUUCAGUGAGAAAAUAGCCACCACACCGCAAUGAGAAAAUUGGUGUACAGAUCCAUCCGCCUACAAUCCAAUAAACAGGGGAUUUGCUUCGGAAAACUUUGUUUUGAUCUGCAAAAGCUACAAAUUGAAGGAUCGCUGGUUAGAUUGGCAAAGGCUGUUGGAAUGGACCAAUUAGUCAAAACGGAGUAAUGAGUAAAUAGACGGGACUUGAAAAAUUACGACAGUACCCUUGCUUUAAAAUUAGGGUUUGAAAAUUGGGGUUUUGAUUUCCUGACGACGAACAACAAUGGAGUACGAUUACAAUUCAAGCAGGAACAGAGCAGGCGUUUCACCCUACGAUCCCCACAUACCCAUGUACCAAAAGAUGUCUUCUUCUUCCUCUCAAUCGCCUCAUGUAUCUUCUCUUUACCCUAAGAUCGGUCAACCCGGUCAGCCGGUCAUCCCUCCUCCUGCCCGUGCACCUCCUUAUCACCAAUCUUCUGCCCCUCCUCCCUCUUCUUCAGGAACUGGUAUCAGGGUUCAAAUUAAGCCAGAAUAUAGGAUAACUCCUCCUCCUCAAUUAUUGCCACAAAUGGGAGAUAUUCCACGAAGUGCAUUUCAUUUUGAUUUUGAUUUAGAGAAGAAGAUACUUGCUGAAGCAGAGAAGGAAAAUCAGAAUUGGAGUCGCCUUGCAUCUGAAAAUUUCCCAUCAAGAACACCACAAUCCAUGCCAUCAUCGACCACUGCUGCGGAUCCCGUUGUGAGCAAAUAUAUUGCAUCAGGCCUUAACCGAGAAGCAGUUCCUUUGGCAGUUGCAGCUUUUGGGGACAAUCCUACUAAGGUUCGAGAUUUUGUGAAUGGUUACACCCUCCUUCGAGAAAUGGGGUUUGCGUCCAACAGUGUCGCUGAAGCUCUUCUUAUGCACGACAAUGAUACAGAUAAAGCUGUGGCUUAUUUCCUGAAUAGUUCGUCAUAGAGUUCCUCAUUGCUUCUUGCAAAAUUCUCCUUUCAUGUUGCCAGUAAAGCAUUCUUGUGGGUUCAGCCAUUUAUAACCUGCUUUCUGAUGUACAAAUUAGCCAACUUGCUGUUGAUGCAAUAUCUGGCUUUAGCACCAUUUAUACCAAAGAGAUAUUUUAAUCAGUAUCAUUAUACUGUGUAGUGUGUAUAAAUACAUUAUGUUGCUUGAGUGUAGAGGAACUUUGUACAAGAUAUUUAAGUUAUUACGUCGUAUUUAUUAAUACGUGAUCUCAGUAUCAAACCGGCCACGAUCAUAAUUUAUUA